UCAUUGAGUGAUGUUCUGUCAUCAGGCUAGGAGACGACCUCUGCGAUGAGCCUGCCCUCCGACUUGGCCUCAACGACGACGACGGAUAGAAUUUUCGAGGAAUGCCAAAGAUCAGCCUUACCUUGCAGAACAGUGGCAGCGUAGCCAGGGACCACCUCGCAUUGGAACGUACAUUCCUGGCAUACAUCCGUACGAGCCUUGCUCUGGCGUCGGCAGGCGUGGCGCUUGUUCAAUUCUUCAGUAUCUCCUCGAUACAUCCAGGACGCAUCCAAAUAUACGCUCGUCCAAUAGGCGCAGCAACCAUCGUACUCGCCAUCGUCCUUCUCAUCAUUGCGGUCAUUAGGUUUUUUUCUGUACAGACGUAUCUGACCCGAGGUCUGUUUCCUGUCGCGCGGGGAUUUGUGUUCGUCGUGUUUGCCUUUCUUAUGGCGUUGAUUGCGGUCGUUUUUGGUGCCCUUAUCUCACAACGAGAGUCUUGAAGCCUCUCAAGACAUUAGGCCCGUAGUCGAACUUUUCUCAGGUGCCCCUCGUCGGUAUCAUUUAAACAACCCCACGGAGGAGCAAAAUAGAUAAGCUGCACUUUUAUUUCCGGAGCGUUGGUAUCCCUAGGCUUGCACAAUUAAGACAAUACCUACGAUAUGGCGAUUAUUCUUGAAAUGGAGUCGAAAGAUCUUCCCCCCUCACAUUCUACUCGUGUUCGUAGUGAAAUCGACAACCGAGUGAUAUGCCGCGCAAUUCUCAUCUAUGUUUCCCGGAUCGUGGACGUGAAUCGUUCUUGCUUGUCAGUGCUCCCAAAGAACUUUAAUGCUAAAGAACUGCGAUUAGCGUUAUUCUGUCACCUGUAGUCACUCUGGGGACUGGA